AUGCAUAACCAGCACCUACCUUGUCACCUACCACCCACGCCACCUACGCCACACCUACCACCCACGCCACACAUCACCCACGCCACACGCCACCCACGCCACCUACCACCCAAGCCAUCCAUCACCCACACCACCUGUCCAUCCACUAUCCUCGCCACACACCAACUCUACCUUCCACCCACGCCAACUACCACCCACGCCAACUACCACCCACGCCACACACCACCCUUGUCACCUACCACCCAAGCCACCUAUCCACACCACCCGCACCACCUACCACCAACGCCACAAACCACCUACCACCCACGCCACCUACCACCCAAGUCACCUAACCCACACCACCUGCCAUCCACCAUCCUCGCCACACACCACCUCUACCUUCCACCCACGCCACUCACCACCCACGCCACCUACCACCCACGCCACACACCACCCUUGUCACCCACCACACACGCCACCUACCCACACCACCUACCACCAACGCCACACACCACCCACGAGACCUGCCACACACCAAUUACUACCAACGCCUCACCACCCACCACCCAAGCGACCAAUUGGUAUUGA